GAUCUAAUGUAACCUCCCGCGUACUUCCUCAUACAUUCAACUGUGCUCCGACGAACAUUUUCACUUCUCAAAUCUCGCCGCCGACGAGCUUCCGUCUGAAAUCGGUUAUCGUCAAUCAGUGUUAUAAAUGGUCAACAAUUGAACCGAUGCCUGCUAUGAAGACUGCUGAUCAUGGUGGGAUUGGGCACGUAUUCAGCAAACUAACAAAGGAGAUUGGAGAUCCUGUUGACUUUGAACUUCCAGAUUGGUUAAAUAAAUGGCAAUCAAUGCCCUAUACCUUUAUAAAGCGCAAUAUAUACCUUACUAAGAAGGUAAAGCGACGUGUGGAAGAUGAUGGUAUAUUUUGUUCCUGCAGCUCAACGGCAGAAUCUUCUGCUGUGUGUGGCAAGGAUUGUCUCUGUGGCAUGCUGAUGUCUAGCUGCUCCUCGGGAUGUAAAUGUGGGAGUUCUUGUCUGAAUAAGCCAUUCCAUCAACGUCCUGUGAAGAAGAUGAAAUUAGUGAAGACCGAGAAAUGUGGCUCUGGGAUUGUGGCAGAUGAAGAUAUCAAGCAAGGAGAGUUUGUCAUAGAGUAUGUUGGAGAAGUUAUUGAUGACAAAACAUGUGAAGAGAGACUUUGGAAAAUGAAGCACAGCGGGGAAACGAACUUUUACUUGUGUGAAAUCAACCGGGAUAUGGUGAUUGAUGCCACUUACAAGGGCAACAAAUCCCGAUACAUUAAUCAUAGUUGUAGUCCAAAUACUGAGAUGCAGAAAUGGAUGAAUGAUGGUGAAACAAGAAUUGGCAUAUUUGCGGCACGGGACAUUAAAAGGGGCGAGCAUCUGACCUACGAUUACCACAGGUUCGUUCAAUUUGGUGCAGAUCAAGAUUGCCACUGUGGUGCUGCAGGAUGUAGGCGAAAGCUGGGCAUUAAACCUAACAAGCCAAAACUCCCUGCUUCAGAUGCUGCAUUAAAGAUAGUGGCACGUCAGGUGGCUGCUACCUCUCCGAAACUGAAAGCGCUUCUAUGCAUGAAUCAUGUUUAUCAAACUGGAGCUCCUUUAAUAGGAUGUUUGGGUUAUGAUUCUGACAUAAAAAUGAGGCGGCCUCAUAAUUGCAUUGGUCAAGUUAUACGAAUAAUUCGUUAUCUUGACAGGAGGUCCUUUGGAAUUGUAAAACAGUUUGAUGCCAUCACCAAGAAACAUUUGAUCAUGUUUGAAGAUGGCGGUGUUGAGUACUUUGACCUGUCAAAAGAAGAUUGGGAGUUCUGUAACUUUCUUGUGUAAUCAG